AUGAUCCUCACCACCAUCAUUGCAAACUGCAUUGUCCUGGCUCUGGAACAGCAUCUUCCUGAUGGAGACAAGACACCUCUGUCUGAACGACUGGAAGAGACAGAGCCUUACUUCAUAGCCAUCUUCUGUUUUGAGUCUGGGAUUAAGAUCCUGGCUCUGGGAUUUGCUUUACAUAAGGGCUCCUAUCUGAGGAACGGCUGGAACGUCAUGGACUUUGUGGUCGUGCUCACUGGACCUGUGGUGUUCCCCAACUCUGACCACCAGCAACAGCAGGGAAAGGCUGGAAGUAAUGAUGUGGAGGGCAGCACCUGGAACUGGAUGUACUACAUCCCCCUCAUCAUCAUCGGCUCCUUCUUCAUGCUCAACCUGGUGCUGGGUGUACUCUCAGGUGAAUUUGCCAAAGAGAGAGAACGAGUGGAAAACAGGAGUGAGUUCCUCAAGCUGAGGCGCCAGCAGCAGAUCGAGAGAGAGCUCAACGGAUACUUGGAGUGGAUCUGCAAAGCGGAGGAGGUGAUUUUGGCAGAGGAAGAUGCCACAGGAAAUUUUGACGGCUCGAGGCGACGGCCUACCAUCAAAACCAGAAACAACAAGACUGAGCUGCUAAACCAAGAGGAAGGAGAGGACAACAUGGAAGAUGCAGUGGGUUUUGCACGCUCUAGUAUAAAGAGCGGUAAAGAUGGCACCAAUUACAGUAAAAAAGAACGACGAAUGCGAUUCUUCAUACGCAAGAUCGUGAAGACGCAGGCCUUUUAUUGGACGGUGCUCUGCCUGGUGGGCCUCAACACCAUCUGUGUGGCUGUGGUGCAUUAUGACCAGCCUGAGCUCCUCUCUGACUUUCUCUUCUAUGCAGAGUUUAUCUUCCUUGGUUUGUUCAUGUCUGAGAUGCUGAUCAAGAUGUAUGGUCUGGGCAUUCAGCCCUACUUCCACUCCUCAUUCAACUGCUUCGACUGCGUGGUAAUUGUUGGCAGUAUCUUUGAGGUUGUGUGGGCCACUAUAAAACCAGGCACAUCUUUUGGAAUCAGUGUAUUACGAGCUUUGAGAUUGCUGCGCAUCUUUAAAGUCACCAAGUACUGGGCUCCACUUCGAAAUCUUGUGGUUUCUCUUCUCAACUCCAUGAAGUCCAUCGUCAGUUUACUUUUCCUCCUCUUCCUCUUCAUUGUGGUGUUUGCCCUGUUGGGGAUGCAGCUAUUCGGAGGACAAUUUAACUUUGAAACGGGAACUCCACCUACUAAUUUUGACACAUUUGCUGCAGCAAUUAUGACGGUGUUUCAGAUCCUGACAGGAGAGGACUGGAAUAUGGUGAUGUAUGAUGGCAUUGAGUCCCAAGGAGGAGUAAAUGACAAAGGGAUGGUCUUCUCUAUCUUCUUCAUUGUUCUAACACUCUUUGGUAACUACACGCUGCUGAAUGUCUUCUUGGCCAUUGCUGUUGACAAUCUGGCCAACGCCCAGGAGCUUACCAAGGAUGAAGAAGAACAGGAAGAGGCUGCUAAUCAAAAGACAGCACUACAGAAGGCUAAGGAAGUAGCAGAGGUCAGCCCACUGUCUGCUGCUAAUUUAUCUAUUGCUGCCAAGGAGCAGCAGAAAAACCACACUAAGAUCAAUAAGUCUGUGUGGGAGCAGAGGACAAGUGAGAUUCGGCGGCAAAACCUGAUGACGAGCCGCGAAGCGCUCUACAAUGAGCUCGAGCAGGACGACUGGAAGGUGGGAGGGGAGGGAGAGGAGGUGUCGUAUCCACGGAAAGGACGUGGUGACAUGAAAACCCACCUAGACAGGCCGCUGGUGGUGAACCCACAGGACAAUCGAAACAACAACACCAACAAGACUCAACCUGGUGAGCUGCCUCUGGACCAGCAGUAUCGGCGCCAGGACGUUGACCACUGCCGCCGUGCUGCUCACCACUGCCACCUCCACCACCGUCACCAUCAGAAAGUCUCUGCCAGAGAAACCGGAGAUGCACCUCAGCAAACAGAGACUCACAUGGAGCAUGGUUUCAGUUGCACGUCUCUGGGCAAUAUGGAAGGGAGCGCCGAGCGGCGCCAGGACGAGGAGAAGCACAGCCAUCGGAGCCACCGAGGCCACCGGCACAGAAACAGGGAACACAGGGAGUCAUGCAGCAACUCCCCUCAUCGUAGCGAGGGAGGAGAGGGGAACAACGAGCAGAGACGGUCCAGACAGCAUCGCAGGUCAGCCAGGGAGGGGGAGGAGGGAAGAAGACACCAAUGUGGGGGGGCAGAAGGAGAGGUGGAGAAAAGUGAAGAAGAGGGAGGACGAAAGACUAGACGGCAUCGCCAUGGGAACCAGGAAAGAUGUCGAGGCCAUCGCAGCAGAAAGGAGCACUGCAGCGCCGGCCCUAGCCUCUCUACUACACGACCCAUACAGCAGUAUAACGAGGACCUUGACAACUUCCGCAACAACAGCAAGCUGGCCAGUGCUCAUGAGCACCCUUACACCCUCCCACCUGACCACCCCGACCAUCCUACCCACCUGAACAACCUGCUGAACUACCACGACACUGACACCCACACCCUGCUCCACAGCAUGGACAGCCUGAUCCUGACCAGCAUGGCUAAACCCGACUACACAACAAUAGACAUGCCCCCUGUCUACCCGUACCCCUCUACUAAUGCCAUCUUGCAAGUGAACAAGAACGCCAACACUGACCAGAAGAAGAGCGAGGAAAAGGAGGGCGAGGACGAGGGUGAAGAUGAAGAUGGCCCUAAACGCAUGCCUCCCUUUAGUUCCUGCUUCAUAUUGUCUACCACAAACCCGUGA